AUGGCGUCUUCUGAUCCCAACAAGUUGUUAACCAAAGCUGAUAAACUAACAAAACUCAGUCUCACUAGGUGGAGUGCUGAUUGGAAGACUGCUACUGGUCUUUAUGAACAGGCUGCUAUUGGGUUUAGAGCUUCCAAGAACCAUGAGAAAGCCAAGUUGGCUUAUGAGAAAGCUUCGCAAGGACAAGAGAUGCUUUCUUCACCUUGGGAUGCGGCUAAGCACAUGGAAUCUGCUGCUGCUCUGGCCAAGGAGCUGAGCAACUGGAGAGAAGUUGGGGACUUCUAUCAAAAGGCAUCUCAGUUAUACAUGGAGUGCGGUAGACCACAACCUGCAUCGGAUGCUCUUGCAAAGGGAGCUCGUGCUUUAGAAGAUACCAUGCCUGAAGAAGCUAUUCAGUUAUAUACAGAUGCUUGUACAAUUCUUGAAGAAGAUGAUAAGGAUCAGAUGGCCUUUGAUCUAUACCGUGCUGUAACUAGUGUUUAUAUAAAACUUGAGAAAUAUACAGAUGCCGCAUCUUCCCUGUUGAGAUUGGGCUUGGCAGCUGACAAGUGUAAUGCUACCAAUAGUCAGUCCAAGGCUUAUCUUAGUGCCAUUAUUGUCUACCUUUAUGCUCACGACUUUCAGCAAGCAGAGAAGUGCUAUAAUGACUGCUCUCAGAUUGAAGCUUUUCUCAAAAGUGACCACAAUCGUUGCGCUAGCAAGUUUCUUGCUGCUUACUCAGAUGGAGACGUAGACGAAAUCAAAAAAAUUGCUCAGUCUAGUGCUGUUUCCCAUCUUGACCAUGCAAUCAUUCGACUAGCGAGGAAACUUCCAACUGGCGAUGUGAGCGCAUUAAAGGCUCACACUGCUGAAGAUGACGAGGAACCACUGGAUGAAAAUGACCUGACUUAA